CCGGUAUCCACCGUAGGAAGACCGUCCAGUUUUUCUCCAAGCCUGUUCCAAGCGCACGCCAGGACAACAUGGCCGGGAUGACUCUCGUAGCGGAGGCGACUGAGCUCUCCAGCCUCAAUGACCGGUUCGGGGCCUACAUCGAGAGGGUUCGCGUCCUGCAGGAGAGCAACACCUCCCUGGAGGCCCAGAUCUCGGCGGCCCAGUCCAGCGCCGUCUACGUCAACCAUGCACAGUACCAGGAGAUGCUGCGGGCACUGCGCGCUCAGGUGGACAGCCUGUCGAACGAGAAGGCCAGGGUAGAGGUGGAGAGGAAUAGAUGGCAGGCACAGGCCGAGGAGUGGCAGGGGAAGGCCGAGUAUCAGAUGAAGGUGCGCCCCGGACUGCAGGUAGAAAUCGAGAAGAACAGGGUGGAGCUGGCAGCCAUCACGACAGCUCGAGUUGGCCUUGAGAGCAGAGUGGCGGCCGCACUGGAGGAGAUUGCGUUCCGUAGGCAGAGUCACGCCGAGGAGGUAGCUGCCUUGCGGGCGGAGUUGGCUGCGACUGUGACCCGGGUGGAGUCUCUGCAGUACGUGGUGACGGGCUCAGACCUGAGCGACACCCUGAGGGAGAUCCGCGAACAGUACGAGGCCAUGGGCCAGGCGAACAGGCAGGAUGCUGAGGCCAAGUACAGGCAGAGGUUUGCGGAGAUCGCCCAGCAGCGCGAGGCAGACAGCGAGGCUCUGGCAGCCGCCAGGGCAGAAGUGGCGGAGUUCCAGAAGAAAAUCGCCUCCCAGAGGGCACAGGCCGAGGCUUGGAGGAGCAAGAACGGAGGUUUAGAGGACAGUCUGAGAGUUGCCCAGGCCCGCCUGCUGAAGGAGGUGGAGGGCUACAGGCAGGCCAUCCGGUCACGCGAGGCUCAGAUCGCGGCUCUGAAGCAGGAGAUCUCCCAGCACAUCGCCGACUACCAGGAGCUGAUGGACGUCAAGCUGGCGCUCGACAUCGAAAUCGCGGCUUACAGGAAGCUGCUGGAGGGAGAGGAAGUGAGGCUGCUGGGCCAGGCCUAGACGACUGAGACAGUGAGGCAAGCGGCCAUGUGAGAAAGUCACGACGCAAGAAUGAGAUUUCAUAAAAUGUCGCAAGCUUAAGCAUGUGCUAUAAGAAAGUAUAGACCUUUUCUUCCGUGUACGGGAGUAUGAACAGGUACAACUGUGUGUUGUAGGUUUGUGUCUCUCUUCUUAUAGCUUUGACCGGAUGGUAUGUGGUAGGUAAAGGUGGAUGGGUGGUGAUUUUGACAGUUGAUAGAGGUCAUGUUUGAAGGUGAACCAGGACACGCUGGUGAGAGUGAAUGGCGAGUAUGUGGAUUUAAUUUGUUUGUUUCGCAUAACCGAUAAACCGCCUUUUUAGGCGUACGUAACACACCAGUUUUGUAUAUAAGUACAAGCUGCGUAAGAAUUACAAUCCCUUCCAUAGUUCCGAUACACCCAGGAAAACCCAAAAACAGGAAGUCAGUGCAUGAACUCGAAGGUGACGAAAACCCAAACUACUUCCCGGAACUCUUGUCUCUGAUUUUUUUAUCAAUUUUACGAUGCAUUGCGAUAUGAAGUAGAAAGCAUAUUCCGAGUUACCUAUACUCUACUGUUAGGGGCAGCUGGGUGACCGAAGAACUAUAUAUAUGGAUUACAUGAUAGACUUGGGGAAGUGUGCUACGUUAGCACAUUUCAACACGAGGGAUCCGAUACUGCUAUGCUCUGUGUAAUCGAGUUCAAGCAAAUAUACACUGUACAAGCAUAGAACGUUAUAAACGGAAAAUAAAAUCUAUGUAUCUAUAUUAAGAUUUCCUGUUUUUUUCUGUUUGUUUACCGCUCAUUUUAACCUCU